GGAUUUCAGCACAGACACGGCGCCCGGGGAGGAAACUCUGCAGCAGUCCUCAUUAAAAUUCCCUGCCCGUACGCUCACCACAGAAAACCUCCUUUAGUGGGUGGCACCGCGGCGUCCUGCGCGCCUCUUAAUUGCGCACCGCGCAUAAACGAGCGAUCGCGCUUUCAUCGGCAGUGGCCGCGGAUCGCGCUGCCUUGAGGCGGAGUGUUCGCUUCGUGUCCCGAUAUUUACGGUGUCGAGGCUGAGAGAGGAAAGGUGAGACUCAGAGGUCCAGCAAAGGGUGGCGCCCUGCGCAUCUCCAUCCAGAGCCUGGACACGCUGUGUCGCUUCCCAGGGAGCGCGGAGACCCACGGUAACAGUCCCCUCCUGCAGUCCUCUGCUGAGGCUUCACCGGCUUCUCGUUGCAGCUCAUGAUUGUGACAUUUCUCGGCGGGGACUGGCAACAUGUGCGCCCGGAUGGAGUGAAGUGUGACACAGCGGCUUUGGGGUUGCAUUUCUCUCGGAUACGCCAAGUACCCGACGUUACGGCGCACCUUGUGUAAUAGAGAACCAUGAGCACUGUAGAGGAGGAACCGGAUCACAUGAUACCAUGAAGACAAGCCUGCAGGUCCUGCGCUGCCAGCUGCUGAGUGUUCUAGCAUUCCUAGCACUGCCAGUAGCACUGGUAUCAUCAGCACAGGAGCUGUACCUCAGCCAUAUGUCCCAGGACUCUGUCUCCAUGGCAGCCAGCCACAGCAACCCCCUUUCUCCCCCCAAAUCUCCCCACUUGGACUGGCGUCAGGAAGGCUCCAGCGGCAGGGAAUGGUCAUCCAAAGAAGGAACUCAACCCACAAACAUCAUCACCCUCCACCCUUCAGCCUGGCUUCACACCACCCAAGCCUCCAGUUUGGCCCAUGAAGACCCUCCCACUCAUGACACAAAUGUUGUCACCCCAACCACUGUGAGCACUGAAAGCUGGGUUAAUCAGCCCCAAGAGCUGAGCUCUGAUAUUGUAAACCAAGGCCACAUGCACAAAUUGGUCAGGGUUCCUCAAGUCCAUAACCCAGUUACAGUCAGCACUAACCAGGCCAGCAGCAGCAGCCCUAAAUUUCUCAGCACAGCAGUCCCAAUUAUAGAUUUGGAAUCUACUGCCAGACGUGCUCCAAACCCCCUGGCUCUUAUGUCCAGCUCUGGAUCAGACAGAGGAGAUACACUCGCUGGACACCAUGUAGAGCCUCAGAAGUUGAUCGUGGAGGAACCCACUGACCCCAGCCAGCAUGUUCCAGAUCUCCAGCCCUCAUCAAUCGAUGGUGACCGUGCACUCGGCCUGAAACUCAGGGAGCAUGCUCGGGGUGUUCCAGAGGUGGCUGCACGCCACGCUAUCACCCUGAGGGAGGUGCGUGCAGGGAACGAGUCCCCCACUAGCGGGCUGGCAGUAGACCCAAAUGCAAGGUCCGUUUCUCCACUUGAGAGCCCACCAGAGAAUCAGACUUCCACUGCAGCCACCCCGACCCUGUCCACUGAGCGCAGACUCAAAACACAGAAUCCCACAGUCAUCCCAAACAACCACACUGCACUCAACAAGACCACCGGUGAGGAGGUUCAUGGUCAGGUUGUUCGAAGUCCCGGCACAGACAAUCCCCCUCUGGGACAGUCGUUGGGGAAUGUGACUACAUAUGGAGGGCUGCUCUUAAACAGCAGCUCAGUCGAGGGGAACAGCUCCGAGGCCCCGUCCACAGCCAGCAGGAACUUCCUGAACAGGCAGGUGCCUGCCACCACCCAGGACCCCUGGACAGUCGGCAACAGCUCGGGCCCCACUGUUGAAUCCCCGCUAUCCCGCAUGACCAUCUGCUUGAGCAGGAUGGACAUUGUGUGGAUUGUGCUGGCCAUUAGCGUGCCUGUGUCCUCAUGUUCUGUGCUGUUGACUGUGUGCUGUAUGAGGAGGAAGAAGAAGUCGUCAAGUCAGGAGAACAACCUCAGCUACUGGAACAAUGCCAUCACCAUGGACUACUUCAGUAGGCACGCUGUGGAGCUGCCCAGAGAGAUACACACUCUGGAGAGUGAGGAGCAUGACACCUGUCUACCCCCAAAUGGGGACUACAGCGGCAGCAGUGUGGUCCUGGUUAACCCUUUCUGCCAGGAGACCCUCUUCAUCAACAGAGACAAAGCUUCUGCCAUCUAGAGAGAGAAAACGAGAGACACUGUUGGAUUCUCCUCUUCUACUCCCCCUGCUGUUGUUGUCUAUUUUAUAUAUGUGGUAAAUAUUCAGAGACUUUGACUUUAUACUGUAUAUUAUAAACACAAAGAGCAACCUGAAAGGAGAGCGAUGUAAACAGACACUAUUUACUAUGAGGAUGCACCUGCAUAUUUUUCUGAUGUACAUUUUCUACAAAAGGCUUAAUUGUGAUAAAAGGUUUUUAUUGUCUUUAUAAAAUAGAGUAUAUGUGGUUUUGUUUCAUUACAGUGGCUUGAUGGCGAGUGCACUGUGAAUGUUGCCACAUGAAAUCUGCUUUAGAGAGAGAAACGUGCUAUGAAAACAUAAAAGCUGUUCUUUGUAAUUUUAUUUUUUCCUUUAAAAUCAAUCCCAAAAUACUUACAGCCUGUUGAACUUGAAUAUAGCACCUACAAAAUGGGGGACAGAGAUAUUUGGCAAAAUACCGCAGAUGAAAUCAGGGUGUGUAUUUAUCAAACUUCUAAGAAAGUUAAGAAUGCUCCAAAAAGCCAUCAGGUUGAAGAAGUCCGUUGUAAAAGUUGUCACCUUUAUGAACAACUCUCAAGUGAUUACAUGAUUAAUCAUGUGUAUGCUCAGGGCAGGAAUAGCCAAUCAGAGACAAGGAUUUAACCUGCAUUUGCCUCAUUUUUCAUUCUUUAGAAAACAUCCUCAUAUUUUCCACAGUGAUAUGUUUUUCUCAUGUAUGUGAUUUACAUUUUUUUUAAAGUUCAUUGUCUUUGUGUGGAAGUAUUAGCAUCUCCCGUAUUAGCAUCUCCCAUAUCAAUUAAAAUGUAACAAUCAUAUUUUUAUAAUAUGCAAUAAUUUUUAAAAUAAUAAUAUUAAUCAUUUAUUUAUAAAGCGACAGAACAUAGCAGAGUAUAAAAUCUAACAUUAAAAGAAGUUUUAAAGGUUACAAAUGCAGGAUGCAUACAUUAUAAGUAAGGAUUAGAAAUGAGGAUAUAAGAUGAAAUGUAAACAAAAAGAUUGCAGGUGUUGUUUGCACCCCUGAUAAAUGCAGGAAAAAAUGCAUCAUUUUAAAACAUGAUCCUUAAAGCAUGUGUUCACCACUGUCUCUGAAGUCACCUUGGCUGAAGGCCGCUUUUUAACCAAAUUAAAAGCACCUCUGGGGCUCUUUAAAAGGUAAGAUUUUCAUUUUAAGUCAUAAAAAAAUGAAUAGGUUUUAUUCUUUGAAAGUUUGAAAGUAGGAGUAAAAGUGGAGGACUUUAACUUUUAUCUGUGAGCAGUUUGAUAAAUACGAGCCUGGAUUUUAAUUGUGAAUUUGAGCAAACUAUUUGGAGGAUUUGGUGUCUACAUCUCUGAAUGAUGGUGCAUCUGUCAGUCAAACGGAACUGACUUGAAAUGGCUUUCCCCCUCAUGUGUCACCAGCUUCUCUUAAGAGGGACCACAUAGAUGUCUUAAUUCUUUAUGUUGGCCCUUUAUAUAUCAGUAUGUGUGUGUGAAUGCCUUCUUCGUGCAUGUAAGCGUAUUGUGUGAGUGUCCAGUGAAGUGUGUAUGGACGAGCUGAAAUGUGCUGCCCCCUUAACCAAAUAUCACUGUUACUUUAAGACAAACAAGACUUUGUAUCAUCUCAGCUCAGUUUAUCUGUUUCUCUGUGUGUGUGUGUCUGUGUGUGUGCUUCUGUAUGUGUGUUUCUGUCUGUCUCUUGUCUUGUGGAGUGGCUACUGGUUAUUGCCCAGUUUGAGAAAGAUUUUCUCAGCGCUGUAGGAAACAAUUAGACCAUCCCUUGCUCCUGUGUCUCCUUCCCCCCAUAAAUAACGUGUUUGUCCAUCCAUGCAAACUGUGUUUGUUGAAAUGUUGAAUGAUUGUGAAUCAGUUAUUGGACCACAUAACGUGUGUUAGAGGCUGUCAAAAAUCUCAACCAAUAAAAACACUGACACAAAAAAUGUAUGCUGAAUAUUUACUGUGAGCACAUACAGAGGCGUUUGAAUAUUUUGUUUAAUUACUGAACCUGUGGUCCUUCUAUCAUGUUUUACUUUGCAUCGCUGCAGUUUUAUUCAAUAAUCGAUGCUGCCUGCCUCUAUUGUCGCUAAAGAUUUUCUGCAUUGUGCGAUGUUGUUCUGAAGUCACUGAUUGAAGCGGUGACGAUCAAUAACACGGUUAAACAUAUUGAUAUUUCCUGCAUUGGAUGCUCACAGCUGGGCUUGUUGUUUUGCACGCUCAAAAAGUGGAUAUUUUACAAAACGUUCAGUGGCACGGUGGAGCAGUGUUCAACAUUAUGUAUUUUUUGUACUGUAGUAUACACUGUACUUUUUACUGCUGAGCAAUAAAACAAA